AUGGGUGCUCGUCGUCGUCCGGCAAGAUCUGUCAGCGCAAUACAGACACCUGGUGAGUUAUCGCGACCCUGUAUCUCGUCGUGGUCGACCACUAACCGCCGCUUCGCAGCCUUCAAAGUCGCCACCCCCCGAGAACCAUCCCUGCCUGUACCUACGAAAACAUCCAAACGAACCACGCGGACCUCACAACUCGCCGAAAUACCUGAUUCGGACGACGUUGAAGACUUCCCCUUAUCAGAGUCGGUCUCAAAAUCCACGUUUCAAGGAGUGUUCGUCAAUAACAAUGUCACUACUUCUGCGAAACCGGGUUCAAGCCGCCCAGAUUCCACAGCGCCUUCUUCCAUUGCCGAUACCAUGGAUUCGUCAAGCUAUGAGACAGCCGGCACGAGCACAGUUCCAACUCCAAAUUUGAUUGACCAGAGUUCCAAGUCUAGAGUUGGGGCUACUGCACGAGCACUCCAAUUGCAGACGUCUCAGUUUGCUCUGCGCGGUGGUCAAGGGGCCUCGAAGAAACGAACAAUCCUGGACCUUGAAAUGGAUGACGAUGACCCUGAAGACAUGGAUUUCCAGCUUGCUUCCAGACUUCAAGCGGAAGAGUACAACGUGGUCGCAGACUCUGAGGAUUCUGACGCUCUACCGCUACCAAAGCGUCCUCGCACUCAGCGAAAACCAGACCGCGCUAUUGCCGGUUACGAGGAAGUGCUUGAUUCGGAGGAUGACAGCGAUGAUGAUAUCCCAUUAGCCAAGAGUCAGCGAACUCGUGCGGUUCAAAAGUCGUCCAACCAUAUCAACCCUACAGACGUUUCUGAUGAUUCCGAUGAAGAUUCCGAGCUUUCAUCGAUUGUGUCGGUGACCGAUACUGAUGCCUCAGAUUUUAUAGCCAAUUUGGGCCUUGGAACUGGUUCGCUGGCCGGUUACAAAGCUCUUGCGGCAGCUCAAUCAUCUGAUGACGAGCCGCUGGUACCCCGAGCUGGAAGACGUCGCGGCCGAAUACAUGAAUUCGGUGAGAUGUUCAUCCUCGACCCUGUUGAACGACGUCGCUACCGUGAACGCAAACGCCUUGAAAGAGCACAUCCGGAUAUCAAGACAAUGUGGGACAAAUUGGCUUCUGUUGCCCCCAUCAAACCUGUUCCUGCUCAACAGCCAAGCGGAAUCUCUCGUCAGCUCAAGGGCUUUCAACUUGAGGGCUUAGACUGGAUGAUGAAGCAAGAGAAGUCUCAAUGGAAAGGUGGCCUGUUGGGCGAUGAAAUGGGUAUGGGUAAGACUAUUCAAGCCGUGAGCUUGAUCAUGUCCGACUGGCCAGCGAAGAGUCCCACACUCGUCGUGGUUCCCCCCGUUGCACUGAUGCAGUGGCAAGCCGAGAUCAAGGACUACACCAGUGGGAAACUGAAUGUUCUUAUCUACCACAUCUCUGCAAACCCCAAAUGCAAGCAGCUGAGUCUGAAGGAUUUGAAGAAAUACGACGUCAUCAUGGUCUCCUACUCUGGGCUCGAAUCAAUGUUCCGCAAAGAGAACAAAGGAUGGAAUCGGAACGAUGGUAUUGUCAAGGAGGAGAGCCUGCUGCACGCCAUCAAGUACCACCGGAUCAUUCUCGAUGAAGCCCACAGCAUCAAGCAGCGAACAACAAGUGUGUCGAAAGCAUGUUUCGCCUUGAAGGCUGACUACAAAUGGUGCUUGUCGGGCACACCAGUGCAGAAUCGGAUCGGAGAGUUCUUCUCUUUGUUACGCUUCCUCGAAGUCAAGCCGUUUGCUUGCUAUUUCUGCAAGGAGUGCAAGUGCCGUCAACUGCAUUGGAGUCAAGACGCAUCGAAGAUGUGUACCAGCUGCAAGCACAGUGGUUUCAAUCACGUUUCCGUCUUCAACCAAGAGAUUCUGAAUCCCAUUACUCAGGGCGAAAAGGUCGAAUUGAGACAGAAAGGCCUCGACAAGCUACGCUUGAUCACCGAUCGUAUCAUGCUCCGUCGCAUGAAACGAGACCAUACUUCGUCCAUGGAGCUGCCACCCAAAGAUGUUGUCAUCCACAACGAAUUCUUCGGCGAAAUCGAGCGUGACUUCAGUCAGAGCAUCAUGUCCAACUCCAACCGCAAGUUCGAUACAUACGUUGCUCAAGGUGUCAUGUUGAACAACUACGCCAAUAUCUUCGGCUUGAUCAUGCAGAUGAGACAAGUCGCCGAUCAUCCAGACCUGAUCCUGCGCAAGAACGCUGAAGGCGGUCAGAACAUCUUGGUCUGCUGCAUCUGCGAUGAGCCGGCCGAAGAUGCCAUUCGCUCGCGGUGCCGUCACGAGUUCUGUCGUCAAUGUGCCAAGUCGUACAUUCAGUCUUUUGCCGGUGGUGGCGGAGGCGGAGACGCAGAUUGUCCAAGAUGUCACAUCCCUCUGGUCAUUGAUUGGGAUCAGCCAGAGAUCGAGCAAGACGAGGAGAAUGUCAAGAAGUCGUCGAUCAUCAACCGCAUCAAGAUGGAGGAUUGGACCUCUUCAACCAAGAUCGAAAUGCUCGUCUACGACCUCUACAAGCUCCGAAGCAAGAAACAGACCCACAAGAGCAUUGUCUUCUCGCAGUUCACAUCCAUGUUGCAGCUCGUGCAAUGGCGACUCCAGAAGUCUGGUUUCAGCACCGUCUUGCUUGAUGGCAGCAUGAGUCCGGCCCAACGACAGAAAUCGAUCGACCAUUUCAUGACCAAUGUCGACUGCGAAGUUUUUUUGGUCUCGCUCAAAGCCGGCGGUGUUGCACUCAACCUAACUGAAGCCAGCAGAGUGUACAUCAUUGAUCCAUGGUGGAAUCCCGCUGCUGAGUGGCAAUCCGCCGAUCGAUGCCAUCGAAUCGGUCAACGUCGUCCCUGCGUCAUCACACGUCUUGUCAUCGAAGACUCGGUCGAGUCUAGAAUCGUGCUGCUACAGGAGAAGAAGGCGAACAUGAUCAACGGCACGGUCAACAACGACCAGGUCGCCCUGGACAAGCUGACCCCAGAGGACAUGCAGUUCUUGUUCCGUGGUUCUUAG